AUGAAUCAGGAGAAGAUGAAGGAGGAGAGUCUCUCCCUUCCCAUCUCAACCCCGUCAGCAGAUGUGAUCAUCAUCGAUUGCAACUCGCUAUGCGACUCAAAGCUCUACACAAACCCGUCCGUCAUCUCGACCGCCGUCUAUAUGGUCGGCACGGACCCGCUAUUCGGCCCUAUUCUCGGCAUCGUUUACAAAACGGACAAAUCACAUUCCUGCGUCAUCAUCUCGCGCCACGGAGCUUCCGGGUUCGUCGACAUGACCCUCAGCCACAAGAGCCGAUACUACGGCGCAGUCAAAAACCUCGAGGACAAGUCCUCGGCUGUGUCACGCGCUCUAGGUAUCGCCCUCCUGCGUGCCUAUGUCACCAUGGACAAGAACAUCCGUACAUAUCUCGCCAAAAACGCUCUCCAAACGUCCUUCCUUUACGAUUACGAUGAGACAUGUGCAGGAAAAACGGCCUCUCAGCUUGUUGUGGGGGAUGGACAUGGUCCCGAGGAGAUUGGUAAGCUGGUAUUAGAAUCUGGUGUUGUCGAACCCAAGUUUGUGCGUUCCAGUGCGGUGGAUAUCGUCUACGAAGACAGCGACGAGACUAUUGAGGAUAACAACCGGCUCGUGUACCUGCUUGGCGAGCAGCUCGAGCAGCUGUUUGACCCACUGAGUGAGUACUCGCCCGAGGGUGUUGAGGAGGUUUACGAGCCCCCUAGAGACGAAGAUACAGACAGACGCGGUGCUGGCGGUGAUGUCGACCAGGAGGACGACGAGAACGGUCGCGAACCAAGUCCCACAUCGUCCAACUUUUCCGAUUCGGCUACACUCACGUCCGUGUGCUAUGAGCUCAUCACCAUCCAGAACAAUUUCCGCGACGCGCUUAUCUCGUUUUUGCAGUCGUAUCUCAUUCCGCUGCGAAUCCAGGUCAUCAAUGGCGCCAUCCCCUCGCUAAACAUGACAAAGUUGAAUUCCAUCUUCCCACCCACCAUUGACGAGAUUGCUCGAAUUCACAACCUAUUCCAGACCGCGCUCAAGGCUGCGACGCCGUUUGGCUCGUCGGAAAUCGUCAGAGCCACAGGAAUGACUCUUCCUUACUUUUACAAGCCGUGCAUGCGCCACGAGGCUGCACUGAGGUCUUUUUCCGAUCUCUAUGGCGACUACUCUGCGCUGAUUGCCGAGUCUGGCUUUGUGCCUCCAGUUCCCUACUCCCAGCAGCGGAUCCAGUCAGUUCUGGCCGCUUCUCAAAACCUCACCAAGAUCAAGCUGCUGCUGGAUCGUAUUGUAAAGCUCAGCAACUGGGGCGACAAGCAUGAUGCGACCAUGAUGUACUACCAUGCAGCUGUCAACACAAUUGAGAGUUUUGCGCGGGUGGAAAACCACGUGGUCUACGACAAGCGAGUCUUUACACCAACUGGUAAGAUUCUCGUUGAGUUUGCCUCCGGCUGGCCGAGAGAGCUACAGUACGGGUGGAUUAACCGAAGAGUUGUGAGCAUUUUCGACGUCACGAGUGUGUUUGAGACGCGUGAAAUGCGAACCGAAUCGCGUAACACACAACAACACAAUGGUUCCUCUCCUUCGUCCUCAAAAGACUCAAUUCUCAUCAUCUUCACCGAUCACAUUCUUCUGCUGGAAGUCGAGCCCUCAUACUCGUCGACGAUUCAGACACAGGCGCAGAAAAGAAUCGCGUCGGGUGUUUCUUUCCACUCGGUGUCCAUCGCCGACAUGCUAAUGCAUUCGCUGAUCAACGAGGUUGCCGUACCACAAAUUCCGCCUCUAAGAGUCAAGUUCUGGGCACCCAUAUCACACGUUUUUGCUUCCGAAUACAACUUUGGCCACAACCUGUCGCUGUUUGCAGUCGGAGGGUUCAACACAGCCGAAUAUGGCAACGAAGGUAUUGUCCCCAACAGCCUGGAGAACGCCACUGGAGGUUCUGGAAGCUCCACCACGACACUACUGUUCACCCUCAAGACUCCGGUUGCACCCAAGAUUGUAGAGCUCUGCACUAAGGCGAAGAUCAUGUCGAAGACACAACCGUUCCAUCUCUUUCACCACCAGAAGACUCACGGUCUGAAUCUGUUUAUGACGGUGCAUGAAAUGCAGGGCUAUCUGUCUGAGCAACGAAAGUCUCCCAUUGCCAUCUUUCUGAACAUGGACGGGUCCGAUGGCAAGCAGCUCGCACGUGAACUUACAAAGCGCCACGAGCUGGACGCAGCCUUUUCCAUCUCGCUGCUGUCCAACGAGAGUGCCCAUGUGACGCUGCACUCCAAGUUUGCCUACACCCUCGACCGCCAGGUGAGUCUGGACUCGCUCGCCAACUUCAUCAACACCGAGGUCUCCAAUCUGUACACGCUGUAUCUGUCUCCGGCCAACCCCGAGAUGGUCGAGAGCAUUGUGCAGGGAAACGAAAUGGUGGCACAGCAGCUGAUGGAUUUUGCGACGCGCCAGGCCCACACAAAGCCUACCAAACCCGUGCAGAGCAAAAGCAUGAUUGACGAUGCGGCGCUGGUGGUUACGGGCGUGAGCAAGCCCGUCCAGGGAGUGCACGCGAAGCCGCCUGUCCCUGCCAAGGAUGUCAAGAGUGCGAAGCCCAGUGCGAAGCCUUCUGCCAAGGCUCCUACCAAGGCAUCUCCCUCGUUGAAAUCAAAAAAGUCGGUGUUGUCGCUGCUCGGCAAGUCACCCAAGAACAGUCCCAAUCCCGAGCUCAACCGGAAAGACAGCAUGUGGAUGAAACUCAAGGGCAAGUUGCGAUCACCCAGUUUGAGAGAGGAAGAUGAAGAUGAAGAUGUGGUUGAGAGCGGUAGAGUGCCUGACGUACCCCAAAAGAUCAACGUGCCCCCUCCUGUGCCCGUGGUGCCUCCUACGGGCGAGAUGCAUGGUCUUGGUAUUUCUGCCAAGACUCCUGAGAUGGACGGUGGGAAGUUUGGAGCGGCGGAGACUCCUCGGCCAACGCUUGAGAACGACCCCGAUGUCACUCCCAAGGUUGUUCGUCGCAAGAAGUCGUUUGCGGCUCUCCGGCGUGGAAUUCAGACCAACAGUGACGAUGAGGAUGGUGCUGAGGUGGAUGAUAUCGGGUAUGGAGACGUGGAUAACCCGAGAGUGAACUCGGAAUCCACUUAUGGCGGUGAAUCAGGGGCGCACGGGGCCGAUAGAGCCGUAUCUGGCGUUUCUGACGCUACCAGGGCAGUGUCAUCUGAUUACGGAGCAGUUUCAGAAGCUACCCGAAACUUCUCCGGCAUUCAAGGUGUCACUGGAGACCCGAGGGCGGCUGAGUUACGUGCAGCAUCCGGUGUCCGAUCCGUGUCUCGACCCCUACCAGUCCCGAAUGCUGAUAGAACCCCCUCCACAGCUACCGCCAUUUACUCUGGAAACGAUACGUCAGCUUUCAACUCAAGCUCUGGCUACAAUUCCAGUUCGGUCGCUGCAAACACCACCUCUUCAGGUGUCUACGAUCCCACGGGAGUGUAUGCCAACACCACUAAUGGUACCACCUCUGGUGUCUACCCUGACGCCAGUACUCGAGCUGUGUUCAACAACACUACGACCAACUCCUCAGGAUACAACACCACCAACCCAGUGGAUGCUCUCGGGGUGUUUGGCGCCCCCGCUGCUUCUGGUGUAGUUGGUACAGGAUCCAUUGUCGUUACUGACUCUUCUGGCGUAGACACAUCAGCCAGCCAGCCAGGAAUCACCUCUAGCGGCUCAAUUCGACCAAUCAAGAAGGAACCCAGCCAUCCAGUGUUCGACUCCAACCAUCAAUUACCCACAUCACAUUCCCACUACUACACGUACUCUGGAUCGGAGUCUGAAGACAAUGUGGCCAACCAAAGACACACCUGGAACGACUCGUACGACUCGGAGCUAAUGGGUGGGGGCCAUGGACGAAACAUGAGCUCGCUGGAGAGCCUGGACUGCGGCGAAUCACGUGACGCCAGCGUUUCCCACGCGUCACGUGACUCCCGCAACGACGUGAAGCUGUUUGAUUUCAUCAAGACCAAUCGGUCUUCAGCAGCUGACCCCGACUGCGUUGAUGACGUCAGCGAGUUUUCCUCGUUCCACUCGAGUGAAGAGUCGUCGUCACGUGGUAGCGACUUUAAUGACUCGCGUCGGUUUGAGGACUCCCGGCGGUUUGAUGAGAGCCGGGACUUCAUGGCCGAGUCACGUGACCAAUCUCGUGUGUAUCCGUCGCAGGCUCAAUCGCGUGACCAAUCGCAGUACUACGACCAGUCACGCGACUUUAUGGCCGACUCGACGUCGGACCUGCAGGCGGCUCGAAACUAUCUGGCGUCGCGCGACUCGGACGAGUCCCGUGAUUUCAUGGUUGACUCAUCCCGGGACUUUCUGGCUGGUUCAUCACGAGACAUUCUGCCUCCCGGUACGUCGCGUGACGACUCUGCGCGCCAAUUGCGACACAUGAAGUCUUCCUCCAUGGCGCAGUUCAAGUAUCCUCCUCCUCUUCCUCCUAUUUCUUCCGAGAACCCGGCCGAAGACGAGUUUUCGUCCUUUUCCUAUCUUGCUGGUAUUUUGCAGGGUAAGGUUGCGCUUGGUGAAGAAGACGGCAAGUCUUUGGAGAGUGCCCAUGCACGACGGACGUCCAAGAGUGCCCGGGUGUACUCUCGAAAUCCCGUUGACACCUCCCAGGUCCCUCAGUCGGAGUCUUUCACCUCUUCCAUCGAGAGCGGGUCGACUGGAGGAGCUUUGUACCCUGAUUUGCGAGACUCGUCCAUUAUGUUUCUCGGCAAGUAUGUGAGGGAUCGAAGUCCGGCAAAGGGACAGACGAGGGUGAAGAAGGAGUGGGUGGACGAAUACGAGUAA